GGGUCGUUGGAUGAACUUAAUCGGCGUGACUUUAGUCUUUUGUUAAAUUUCGGUAUUUUAAGUGAAAUUUGAUCAAUAACAAGCGAAUUUUGUGAUUUAUAUUUCUGUGAUCAAAACAUUAAUAGAAAAAACAUGAACAUAAGGUGUGCGAAGCCAGAGGAUCUUAUGAAUAUGCAGCAUUGCAAUUUACUAUGCUUACCAGAAAAUUAUCAGAUGAAAUAUUAUUUUUAUCAUGGUUUAUCAUGGCCUCAGUUGUCGUAUGUAGCCGAGGAUGAAAAAGGCAAGAUUGUUGGCUACGUUUUGGCAAAAAUGGAAGAAGACUCGGAUGACGAUCCACAUGGACACAUCACGUCGUUGGCCGUGAAAAGGUCUCAUAGAAGACUUGGACUCGCACAGAAACUUAUGGACCAGUCAUCAAGAUCCAUGGUAGAGUGCUUCAAUGCAAAAUAUGUUUCUCUACACGUCAGAAAAAGUAAUCGAGCCGCACUACAUCUCUACACAAACACUUUAGGAUUUACAAUCAGUGAGGUCGAACCAAAGUACUAUGCGGACGGAGAGGACGCCUACGCAAUGAAGAGAGACUUGGCAACUUUUGCAAAUCAGACAAAUGAAAGUUCGUGAUUGGAAAGAUUUCUUUUUAUCUCGAAUGCCAAAUGACUCUCUUAAUCAAAAUUAUGAUUUGUGCUUGUGAUAUUUAUUCAAAUUUUUGUUCCUUUUGAAAAAAAAAAUUUGGCAGAUCCUCCUUUUUUCCUCUGUAAAUAAAAUUUUCAAUGAACUAUUCUAAUUUGUUUUGAGAUAACAUUAUUCAUUUGUGCUAAUUUAUAUCUACAUUAAAAUCAACCAAAUUAUACAAGUUACCUGCUACAUUUUGAGUUCUUGAACUUUAAAGUUGAUAAGAUUUUACACAUUUCCCUAACUUUUUAUAGCUUACCUAUCUAAUAUUGUGGAUGGUAGGGUGUUUGAAGUUAGUUGCACAUAUAUUUAUUUAUUUUCCUCCCCUUAAUGAUGGUCCUGUGAGGACAAGUUACCAUUUUGUGUACUAUCGAUGAGAAAUAAAAACUUUUAAUUAGUUGCUGGUAAUUAUGAGUACAGUAGAGCAUCGAUUAUCCGAACCUCAAUUAACCGACCGUUCUAGUCGGCAAA